GGUUGGAAUCGAUCAUCGAAUCGAUUCCGCACCAAACUUGUGACAAUCGAUUCUCGCCCUACGACUUUCCCACGCAUCCGUCGCUAGCCGUUCACGUUUGGCUCGUGAAGCAGCAUCAUCAGCAGCAGCAUCAACAACAACAUCAUCAGCAGCAGCAUCAUCAGCCUUGGUCCAGCCCAGCGAUUGGAGGACAGCCAAAGCGCAACAGCAGGAACGUUCCGUCACCCCCAACGCGUGCGACCACAACAGGAACAGCAACAGUCCGCUGUAGUAACGCGCAAAACUCCGUGCAUCGCAGGGAUUCCGGAUAUCGGGGAGUUGGUGCUCAAGUCAUCCGGAUAUCGGGGGGGAGGGGGGUGGAGCAUCUCACUCAUCCGCCGUCCCCUGACUCCAUCGAACCGACACGAGCAACAAAGAUCACCCGUGUACAGCCUUAGGUGCUCUUAGAUAGCAAGCGCUGUUAGUCAGCACAGACGUUCUCUGCAAACACACGCGGACGCGCGCACAAAACACACGUACGCACACGCUCGCGUGCAAAACACACGCACGCGUACACAAGCGCACGCACGCACGCAAACGCACAAACACGCACGCACAAACACACACGCACAAACACACACGCACAAACACGCACGCACAAACACGCACACACACACGCACAAACACGCACGCACGCGGCCACCCCGGGGCCCCGCAUGGCUGCCAGGGUCUGCUCCCCGUGCCUCUCGGCAGUGGCGGGCCGUGGCUGGGCCCAGCGCUCGGCCCACAGGGCCCUCCUGACUCUGCGGGCCUCCCUCGGCGUGACCCGCAAGGCCCUGUGCGAGACGGCGAAGUCCCGGGGGCAGAGGCACAGGCGGGAGAGGAGGCAGAUGACGGAGAAGCAGCUGGCGCGGUGGUUUGUGGAUGAGCGAACGGUGAAAGUCUCGGGGGGCCGCGGGGGCGACGGAAUGUGCGCCUUCCACAGCGAGCCCCGCAAGGAGUUUGGGGGUCCCGACGGUGGCAAUGGGGGAAGGGGGGGCGACGUCAUCAUGGUCGCGGACAGAAUGGUUCGCUCCCUGUCUGGGGUGUCCCGUCUCUACCGUGGACACGAUGGGACGUCGGGGGCCUCGGAUAAAUGCUUCGGACGCAAUGGCAAAGACAAGUUCCUCCACGUGCCGGUGGGCACCGUGGUGCGCGAGGCCGGCUCCUUGGUGGCCGACCUCAACGAGCAGGGGGAGGAGGUGGUGGUGGCGCGGGGGGGAGUUGGGGGGCGUGGGAACCACAGCUUCCUCACUAACGACAACCGGGCACCCACCACCGCGGAGAAGGGAACGGAGGGAGAAGAGAGGACCCUGAAACUGGAAAUCAGAACCAUGGCUCACUUUGGCCUGGUGGGUUUCCCGAAUGCUGGGAAGUCGUCCCUGCUGAGGGCUCUGACCAACGCUCGCCCGGCGGUGGGCGACUACCCCUUCACCACGCUCCACCCGCACGUCGGCAUCGUGGAAUACCGCGACUACACGCAGAUCGCCGUGGCCGACAUCCCCGGCAUCGUGGUGGGGGCGCACGUGGGCCGCGGCCUGGGCCUCUCCUUCCUGCGCCACGUGGAGCGCUGCCGGGCACUGCUCUGCGUCGUCGACCUGUCCGCCGCCGCCCCCGCCCGCCGCCUCUUCGAGCUCCGUCGCGAGCUCGCCCUCCACGAACCCUCGCUGGCGCUGGCUCCGCACGCCGUCGUCGGGGCCAAGCUCGACCUGCCGGGGGCCCGGGACGCGCUGACGCGGCUCGCCGACGAGCUGGCGGCGGACGAGGAGGGCGGCGGCGGCGGCGGCGCCGCCGCCGCCGCGGUCGUCGUCGGCGUGUCGGCGAAGACCGGGGAGAACGUGGGGCGCCUGGCCGCGUUCUUGAGGCGGGAGUUUGACGGCGCGGAGGAGGAGGAGUAGCAGCAGGGGGCGGGGGUGGGCACGCCGCGGGGACACGACGACAACCACCCCCCCCCCUCCCCGUGUAGCCUAAACAGACUGUUGGGGCAAGUGGCUGUUAGCGAGCGGCGCCUACGAAGGCCGGCACGGCACAAGAGGGGGGUGGGUGGCCAGCGCCACGCGCGGCCGCGCUUUGCCUCACCAGCGGCGAUGUUUACUACGCACCGCACGCACACCUACACGCAUACGCACGCAACUACGCACGC